GUCACGUGACGACCAAGAAGGAAACCCUAUGGAGGAAGCAGGAAGUCUGUGAUCAAGAGCUCGACCACAUCAACAAUAAACAAAGAACAGCUCAACUCAAAGAGAAACUUUCACACAGCGCAAUGGCAGGAAUUAAAGCACUGGUGGGUUUGUCCUUCAGCGGUGCCAUUGGACUCACAUUUCUUCUUCUGGGCUGCGGACUGGAACAAUACGGGGUAUACUGGCCGCUGUUUGUCCUGUUCUUCUACAUAUUGAGCCCCAUCCCGACCUUCAUAUCCAGACGCCUCAGCGAUGAUGAUUCCUCCAGCAACGCAUGCAGAGAGCUGGCCUACUUCCUAACAACUGGCAUUGUGGUAUCUUCUUUUGGGCUUCCCAUUGUGCUAGCCCGGACCACCACGAUCCAGUGGGGUGCGUGCGGUCUGGUGAUGACAGGAAACGCCGUCAUCUUCCUCACCAUCCUCGGCUUCUUCCUGGUGUUCGGAGGCGGGGACGACUUCAGCUGGGAGCAGUGGUAGAGUGCCAGAGAGCGGACAGAAUGACGGAUGGAUGGGUAGGUGGGUAGUUGGUGUGUCCUGCGAAAUGUCACAUUUUCUGGGCGUGUUUUCAGGCCGAUUUUUUAUAUUAAAGGGUAUUAUGGUUGGAGACAACACUAUAUACUCUAUUAAUGUGCCUUAUGUCUGGGACGUUGAUGCUUAUCCACCUUCACCCAUGUAUUUUAGCUUGUCUCGCCUUUGUUUCAACCCCCAAUUCUUCUCACUGCGGCUUCCUGCUAUUUCAUUACGCUUCAGUUAAUCCAUAUCAGAAAGGGAUCCUAAAUAGUAACUAUAUUGUAAUACUCUUCAAAGCUCACUGUUUUCAUUUUGUUCAAGGGGGAAGUGGCUAUACUGAAUUAAGGCUUGCUUAUUAUUAUGAGCACUGUUUGUUGUUUAAAGUGUGAAGGCCUGGCAAGUUAUAUUAAUCCAUGCUAUGUGACAACUUGAAGAAUUCCUAAUCAGGUAAACAUUUAUUUGUAUGGAUUCUUUUUGACAUUUUGCUACAAGCCUUAUACUUUUGUUCUUGUCCAAUUGUUUACAUUCUCACCAAAGAUCAUGUUAGAGUGCGAAAAAUGCAGCAUAUUCACUGCUCAACUGUGGAUUUUGGAGAAAGUGCUAUUUGGCUAAUAUCAUACAUGUUAAUUAUUGCGUAAACAGGUCGGUGAUAGACAACCACAUCCAUUUUAUAUUCCUUCAAACAAAACAAGAAAAUUAUAUUAUUGACAAGAGCAUGUUAUUAGUUUCUGUUUUGAUAUUUAUACAUGUUAAAUACGGGAGAUGUUUGAUUUUAGGCAGUGUUUUGGUCCUAAAGGAGAGAGCUUUACCUGUAAACUCAUUCAUAAGUGCCUGUCAUCCACAGUGGGUAUUUUGAUUAAUAGAGGAAUCACUGUAAUCAUGUUUUUUACUCCUUUUCUUUGUGUUUUAUCAUCAAGAGCAAUUGAAAUGUGUGAUAUUUCAUAACCAUGUUCUAUUCCGUCAUGAGUUUCUGGUGUUUGUAUGAUUAGAGAGACCAUCACAGAAAAUGUUAGUAAGUGUCUGACUAUAAUCUUUCUGAUAUGCUAAUUUCUUAACAGCUUUCUAUGGAAAUAUUAUACUGUAUGUUUCCCAACUGACAUAAAGAAAGCUUGUUCCUUCUAUUAGGAUACACUAAGAGUGCUGAAGAGUUCUCAAAAGUUUAUUUUAUAAGCUCUUGACUGCAUUUUGUUUUCUAACAUUGAUUAAAACUCUCUGUAUAGUGAAA